UAAAGAAACCGAAUAGAGGCCUUCAGAUGUACCGCCCGAUGUUUGACAGGCAGAAGCGAAUACCGUCACUUAUCAUGGCGAUAUAUUUGUUAUUCGUCCUUAUUGGUAUCAUCUCUAAAGUUUCUCUUGCCCAGGAUCUUUGCAAAACGUGCAAGCCAUUUCCUGAUGAAGACCGACGAGACCAGCUUUACAAACUUGGUGCAUUAGAAUACCCUAUCAGUGAUGCAUAUAUUGAUGAAGAAACCUGGUACUGCAGCCGGAUGGAUCUUGCAAAAACAGCGCCAGGAAUCAGUCAAUGUGGGACUUUAUUCCCCAUAUGGGCUAAAGAAGAGCUGGUAGAUGACAAUGAAAUCUUUAAUGUGACUGUGUGUGCACAGAUACCAGGACAUACCUGUCAUGAAUCGUUUGUAAUAAAAGCCAAACUUUGUGGGAUGUACAAGAGUUAUAAUCUCAAACAAACAGCCGCAGAUGCUGCGUACUGUCUUGGUUCACUGGCCAAGCCUUCGAGACCCUUUUGUACAAGAAAAGAUGACAAUUGUUUUACAAAGGCUCCGUCAUCUGAAGAUUCAAUUACAAGGAAUCUUGGCCAAGCUAGAGAAGAAACCACUUUUGAUUUCUUCAAGGUCGAUAUAGUCGUGGACUGUUCAUCAAGUUUUUGA